AUGUCAAACAUUACAGAAACUUCAUCAACAGAAAAAUUGAUUUCAGCAUGUGGGGGUGCUUUAAUUACAUCGCUUAUGGUUACUCCAAUGGAUGUUGUUAAGAUGCGAAUGCAAACACAAAAUAUAUAUAACGCAGUUUGUUGUAUGGCUUUUAAUAACUGCAUUAAACAAGGCCUUCAAAUAAAUAGAAUUACUCGUGGACAACCCAUGUUAUAUGAUUGUGCAAUUUCAAUUACAAAUACUGCUACUAAUUCGAGGACAUCACCUGUCUUUAAAAAUACCUUUGAUGGAUUGUAUAAGAUUAUGAAAUAUGAAGGACCCAUGGCUUUAUGGAAAGGGUUAUCGCCUGCAUUAGUUAUGUCAGUACCAUCUAAUGUAAUUUAUUUUGUGGGAUAUGAUUAUUUAAAAGAUAUAAUUCAACCAGCAAUGGCAAUAUCAUCAUCAACAGAUUAUUCACCUUUAGUAGCAGGUGCCUUUGCUCGUACAAUAGCAGUAACUAUUAUUUCACCUAUUGAAUUAUUUCGCACAAGAUUACAAGCUGCAACUGCUGUACAUGAUUUUAAACAUGUAAUGGAAGGUGUGAAGAAAAUGGUUUUACAGGAUGGAUUACAAGCUUUAUGGAGAGGUUUACCGCCUACUUUAUGGCGGGAUGUACCAUUCUCUGCUAUUUACUGGAUGGGUUAUGAGCAAAUUAAAUAUCAACUUGAAGAUUAUUAUAGCUUAGGUGAACUUCAAGUUUCCUUUAUAUCAGGCGCAUUAUCUGGCAUGUUUGCUGCAACAAUAACAACUCCAUUUGAUGUAGCAAAGACAAGAAGACAAGUUGAUGCAGGCAGAGAAAAACCUUUAUUAAAAGAUUCACGAGUCCCCGGUAUUCUCAAACAAAUUUACAGACAAGAGGGUAUUCGUGGUUUAUUUAGUGGUUUAACACCUAGAGUAGCUAAAAUUGGACCUUCUUGCGCCAUUAUGAUUAGUAGUUAUGUGAUGGGGAAAACUUUUUUCUCCUCUAGAAAAUUAUCGUUCUAA